GACAUUUGGACCAUCUAUACCGGUUCCUGGUAUCUGAUUAAUCUUAAAACUUCAGCCUUGGUCUUAAUCCCAGUGAUUCAGCAUCAACAACAUGACUAGAUUUGGGAUUGGCGUUAUUACCGUAAAAUGAUUGAGAGACCCGAUUCUUCAUCUGCCAGCAUAGCAAGGAAUCUGGAGGGGUAUGUUGGGUUUGCCAACCUCCCGAACCAGGUGUACAGGAAGUCUGUAAAGAGAGGCUUCGAGUUCACACUGAUGGUAGUAGGUGAAUCUGGCCUUGGUAAAUCAACUCUGAUUAACUCUCUCUUCCUUACUGAACUCUACUCCAAGGACUACCCCGGCCCCUCUCAGCGCAUCAAAAAGACAGUCCAGGUUGAGCAGUCAAAAGUUCUUAUUAAAGAAGGGGGAGUCCAGCUAACCCUAACUAUCGUUGACACUCCUGGCUUUGGGGAUGCAGUAGACAACAGUAACUGCUGGCAGCCAGUUAUAAACUACAUUGACAGCAAAUGUGAGGAUUUCCUGAAUGCUGAAUCUCGGGUCAACAGGAGGAUGAUGCCCGAUAACAGAGUCCACUGCUGCCUGUAUUUCAUCGCCCCCUCAGGCCAUGGCCUGAAGCCCCUGGACAUUGAGUUUAUGAAGAGACUUCAUGACAAAGUGAACGUCAUCCCCCUGAUUGCCAAGGCGGACACCCUCACCCCCGAGGAGUGCCAGCAGUUCAAGAAGCAGAUUAUGAAGGAAAUUCAGGAACACAAGAUCAAGAUUUACGAGUUCCCUGACUCGGAGGAUGAUGAAGACAGCAAAGUCAUCCGGAAAAUAAAGGAGAGGAUGCCUCUAGCAGUGGUCGGCAGCAACGUGGUCAUAGAGGUCAAUGGAAAGAAGGUCAGAGGUCGCCAGUACCCUUGGGGAGUAGCAGAAGUUGAAAAUGGUGAACACUGUGAUUUCACAAUUCUACGCAACAUGCUGAUCAGGACACACAUGCAGGAUCUGAAGGACGUCACAAACAACGUGCACUACGAGAACUACAGGAGCAGGAAGCUGGCUGCUGUCACGUGCAACGGAGUCGAUGCCACCAAGACCAAGGGGCAGCUUACCAAGAGCCCCCUGGCUCAGAUGGAGGAGGAGCGGAGGGAGCAUGUGACAAAGAUGAAGAAAAUGGAAACGGAGAUGGAGCAGGUCUUUGAGAUGAAGGUCAAAGAAAAGAAACAAAAACUGAAGGAUUCAGAAGCUGAGCUGGAGCGCCGACACGAGCAGAUGAAGAAGAACCUGGAAGCGCAGUACAAGGAGCUGGAGGAAAAGCGCAAGCAGUACGAGGAGGAGAAGGUGUCCUGGGAGGCCCAGCAACGCAUCCUGGAGCAACAGAAACUCGAUGCCUCAAAAACAAUGGAAAAGAACAAGAAGAAGGGGAAGAUCUUCUGAGAUGCUGUCCCUUCCAAAAUAAACGAAGUUCCUUUUACAUCACUGCUUACCUUCUGGUCACUAACAAUAAAGCAAGCUUGCAUCCCACACAAAUACGUCCACACGUCCAAAUAUCCGCUCAGACGCACCAUGCUAAUGUAUUGACCCACACACCCCUCGCAGGACUACAGAGUAUGUGCCAUUUGCUCUGGGUCUAACAAAUGUCUAAAAUUCCCAUUGUAUCUAUGGAUCUGUGUCUAAAAAGAAAUUGCCAAGGUGAAGUUAAACAAUAUGGGAAACCCAGCUCUCAUUUUCCAUGUUAGUGUUUCCUUGUCUGUGCCCCGCAGCGGGGUAUUCAUUUAAUGAGGUGGGGGGUGCAGUGGGGUUGUAUAAUUGUUGUAUGAACAGUAAUAUAUGGAACUAUGUUGCUCAGACAUACAGCUUUCAAAAACCAGCUGGCAAUCUUUCAUUCCUUAUUUGGAUUUGAUAUUCUUGCUCUAAUGAUAUUAUUAGGAAUUCCUUGAACUUCAGGAUUUUCUUAAUAAUAAAAAAUAAUAAUAAUAAUUGGGUGUUAAAGCUUUCUUCAUAUAUAUAUAUAUAUAUAUAUAUAUAUAUAUAUAUAUAUAUAUAUAUAUAUAUAUAUAUAUAAUUAGUCCUCAGGAAAGGUGAGCACACCUUCAAGAGAAGUACAACAGAUUCCAAACGCCCACUUUUUGAUUUCAUUGCCGUUUUUGUCACAGUAAAUAAGCAAAUUCUGAAAUGUCUUAUUGAAAGUGAUGAUGCCUAUUGCUGUUAAUCUGUGCUAAACAUAUUAAGAAGGUCUUCACUUCUAACAUUUUAUCAAGGGCCCUGUGACAGCCUUUAACUUAAAAAUAAAUAAAUAAAAUCCAACAUGAGCAAAAAGUGUUCAUGACAUUUUGGUGGCACAUUCAUUCUUUUGAUUCCCUGUUUUUCAGUCCCCUAAUCUUUCUUGUGUCUCCCUCCUUGUUCAGUCAUUUUUCUGGAUGUGCGAGAUGGAUAGUUCCACUGUUACCUGGUCAGCAAAAGGGACCAUGCAUGUCUCCACUGUUGCUGCACUCGGGAGAUCUCAAACCAGAUCUUAUAUCGCCCAUCAAAGGAGAGCCUUGCCAUAUUAUGUGGUUAUUUUCUCCUGAAUUGCUUUGGUUAGAAAAAGCUUCAUCAAAGUGUUUACAGAGUUUCAUGUAUAUGUAUUUUUCUUGUUUAACCAUUUUUAAAAUUUCUGAAAUAUGUUACAGAAAUUAAAAAAAAAAAAAAAGGUUAAACAAGGAUAUUUGUAAGGAAUUCCUUGAACUUAUACACAUGUGUCUGGUAAACCUGCAGUUCCAGUUACACCCUAUAAAUGAGAUCUCUUUUAAAAACCUUAAACUAGCAAUCAUAAAUACAUAUUUUGUUUAAAAAUAUUUUAAAAUAUAUAUUUUUGGGGGUAAAAAUUAAACCGUAGUAGAAGAGUUGGCAUAAAAAAAACCUAAACAAAUGGUUAACUUACAAAAACCAAUUGACUCAACAGAACUAAAAAAAAAAAAAAAAAGAAAUGUGUUCAUUGGUAAUGCACCUAUGUGGCUAUUCCCCUGUUAAGGCGUUUUGUUGGUCUCCUCACUGGCUUUAAUAGAUGGUUCACUGUAUAUAUAACCACAUGUUGGGGAAAAUAUGCAUGAAGGAUCUCGCUGUACAGUAGUGUGCAUAAUGGGACACAGUAUUUAUCACACAGAAAUCCAUGUGAAUCUUUCACAUCGGUUGGAUUUAUUGCAUUUAUUGUCCUUUUUGAUCCUCCAACCUCUAUACUGCUCACUCUGCUGUUCAGGUAAGAUUCAAGCUUUCACCUUUUUACCAUGAGGUGGUACCAGUGUUCAGUUUAUACAGGUCAAAUGAUAUUGCUGAGUAAAAACAAUCAGAUACCAAGAACGUACAAAACGUUAUGUUGUAAUACAUGGAGUGAGCAGUAUAAAAAUACUGUGCCUUCAAACCUGUUAUUUUCAUGCUACUUCUUAAGGGAUGUGUCAAAGACCUGGGUGCAGAAUUCUAGCUCUGUUUAAAAAAAAAAAAAUUGUAUGUUUUAUGAGCCUGUGUGUAACCUCUGGAAAACCUGCCUCUAAUUCUGCUGUACCUGGCUAAUCUGAAAAUGAAACAAUUGUGUUUUAGAAGUAAUUCCAGCCAAAUGACUUGAGUGGUCAGUUCCAUACAGUACUUAUGCAUGUGUGCAGAAAAGCAGAUUUUUGCCAGCAAGACUGAUUAGAAGUGGCAUUAGAAGCACUUUUUGGAUGUUUUGCAGGGGUCAGGUGGUUAUCCUUUUAAAAAGGGACUAAACCUAGAUUUUUAUACAUUAUAUAGUUUGUGUAAUUCACAGGUCUGAUGCUUCCUGCUAACUAAGAUAUUGCCUUUCCUCACUGUGACAAUCCCAGGUCUCUUGUGAAAAACAUUCUUGUCAGUAUCCAGCAAAACAAUAGCUUAAGUCUGUGUUUCUGAGACUUAUAAUUUCAAGUGAACUGUUUGGAUAUGAUAGAAGUGCUGUAAUAAUACCCCCCCCC